GUCGUGACGAACACAAAGGGAGGAGGGGCAUGGCGAGAAUCCCGUCUGUCAUUGGACAGGCGGUAUUUAUAGGGGCGGGGCGUAGCCAUCAGUGAAUGCAGGUGGUCCAAGACUAGUUUUGUGCGGUUGAUUGAAAGAGCGGCUUCUCCUGCGUCAUGGCAUCUACCCAUAGGAAUUUAACACCAAGUACUGCCCAGCGAAGGAAAAGUGGGUUGAAGUAUGAAUUGUCCGAAGAGCAAAAGCAGGAGGUCAGAGAAGCUUUUGAUUUGUUUGACACUGACGGAAAUGGCACCAUUGAUAUUAAAGAGCUAAAGGUUGCAAUGCGUGCCCUUGGCUUUGAGCCGAAGAAAGAGGAAAUCAGAAAGAUGAUCGCGGAGCUUGGGAAAGACGGAAGCACCGUCUUAGAGUUUGAAGAUUUCUUGACCAUGAUGACAAAAAAAAUGAGUGAAAAAGAUACCCAGGAAGAAAUCCUGAAGGCUUUCCGGUUGUUUGAUGAAGAUGGCACAGGCAAGAUCUCCUUUAAAAACCUCAAGCAAAUUUCCAAGGAGCUUGGAGAGAAAUUAACAGAUGAAGAAUUACAGGAAAUGAUAGACGAAGCUGAUCGGGAUGGCGAUGGAGAAAUAAAUGAGCAAGAAUUCUUGAGAAUCAUGCAAAAGACUGCUCUGUAUUAAUGAUCCUGCAACCUUUAAAAUGACUUGCAAAGACAACAAAUAUGUCCGCUUCUUCUACUGUAAUAUGAUGUAUUGAAGAGAACACCGUAUUCUUGGGGCAGGGAGGGAUCUUUUGAAAAGGAGAAUGUCAAAAUUGUUUGUCAAACAAGCAUUGUCUGUUAAACUACUGGGUAUAGUGAAAAGAAACAGUUCAAGAUGAGAAAACUGUUUCUCUUCUGGUCUGUCAAAGGAAUUAUUCACAUUGUCAUCUCUAUAAACAGAGCCCAAGUACCCUCUUCUUUGGAACUUUUCAGGAAAUGGCAGUGAGUGACCCAUCUACAUAUGUUUGGCAAGCACAAUUAAAUGAAAACCUGCUCUUUCUUUCUGUUAACAUGAUGAUGGUACUUAGCUGUUUACAGUGCUUUAUUCUGUGAAGAGUCAAAUUCUAUGGCUAAAAACCUUAAGAAUUGCAAUCUUAAUUGAAAGGGACAGAAUGUGGCAUUGAUGUUAUCAGAGCCUCACUGCUUUCUUUUGGAUUAGUCGUAAAGCUACUUAGAGCUUUGAUUCCUGAUGUAAAGUAAAGCUGCCUGAUAAGACAUGGUCAUUGUGCUACUCAGUUAUUAUACAGGAGGAAACAAUUCAACAUCUGCAGCAUUCCUUAUCAUAAUGCGAUAAUGCUGCUGGAUUUCUUCUACAUUGUUAUUCAGAUGGGAAAAGAAAUCCUUGAUGUAAUCUGGUAAACAGGUUUUUUAAUCUGUUUCCUGUUGCUUCAUAUAGAAAACUUUUCAAGCAUCCCAUAUAUAUCUGAGUAACCCAUUAAAACAAUCUUAGUUUAUCAUACAACAUUUUCAACACAAAGGCAGACAUGUGAACAAAUAGACACACUCAUCUCGAGUCUAUUAUUAUAGUCUAGGGAUGAGUGUCUACCUGUUUACAUGGCUGUCUUGGUGUUGAAAAUUCUGGUCUGAGCUGAUGAGAUGUGCCUCUGAGCAACAUCCAGUAGACCACACCUGAUCUACAAGUUCUCCAUCUGAUAUUUAGAGCUGUAUCAGAAGUCUUACAUGACUAGUACUCACAUUUCUAUAGGCACAUUGGUCAUAUAGUCUUUCAUCCCUUUAACUAAAGACUCAGCUGGAUGUUACAUGCAUUUCCUCUCUGCUUUAUGUGUAUAUUGCAUUUGAAAAGCAGCCAUGGAAAGCUUUCAAGUCUAGUACAAAGACUAGACAAAAGAACAUAAAUCAUUAUGUUCUUUAAAAACACUCUUCCGGUGUUUUUAAAAUCAAAACUAUUUCCCUGUGCUCCUUUUGCGGGGGGGAUGAAAUAUCCAGUGAGAAAUAUGUGAGCAAAAGAACAGUUGGAAAAAAUCAAGAUGAACUUGUACAUCUUAUUGUGGUUGCUUGUCAAACUACUUCCCCAUGUUUCCCUGUGAGCCCUACAUUUCCUUUUUUUCAUUUGUAGGAGUUGGUUUGAAAUAAUCACUUUGUUAAAGUGUGUUUAUCUGAAUUCAACCGAUCACAUUGGAUCUUAGCUUAACAAGAGUACUUCUUACACAGCAAAGACGAAACGUGAGAUUGUUGCCUGAGUUGAAUUUGUAUUGUAAUUGCAUUUGUAUAAAAACAUCAUUUUUGUACAAGACUUGUUUCUACUUGUGACAUCUCCUUGUUAAUCUAGAUUUUGUAUAAUUACAGUAAAUAUUUGCUGUGUAAUUCUGUUAGUUUUUCAAAGCCCUGUUCUUUAACUAUUUUCUUCUCUAGAAGUAACCCCGCUGAAUUUACCAUGGUCGAAGCAAACAUGUAAAAUCGUUUGGUUAUACUUUUAAAGUGUCAAAGUGUAUGUUUUCUUAUGUAUGUGUGAUGUUUGCCGACAACAGAGCUAGUCAAUACGUAUGUCAAAGCUGUCAUUUUUCUUUAUAGCAGUAUUUCUGGUGCCUUUCUGUAGCAGAACUGAGCCUUCAAUAUAGGUACCUGGAUUUGUCUUGCGAGUCCUCCUAAAUAAACAAAUGCUAGGAUUUAGUCAAACUAAAA